CGACUGCUUGCUUGACUUGCUAACAACAUCUCAGGUGCAGUGGCGUUACGCAUAGCAGUGAAGAUUCGUCUGAGCUUGCGUUUUUGCUAGUUGAAAACUACUUUAACUGACUGCUCCUGUUGGUCUUCGUGAUCGGCAGGGAAUUUUUGGAACCUUCUUUUUAUAGAGUAUCCCUUGUUCCUUACCUUUCGUUCUGCUUAUAUCGUCGGAAAGACCCUCGAGCGUCCUCUCAUCGUAUCGUUGACGUGAGACUCGGAAAGUGUGGAAGGGCCUGCGUCUUACGUGUGACACUUCUUGAGCGUCUCUCCCAGCCAGCAUCAUGGCGAAAACAAAGACAGUCCUGAUCACUGGAGCCACUGGCUUACUUGGUCGUGAGGUACGACGGAUUUUUGACGAGAGAGGUUGGGCUGCUUUAGGCACCGGCCUCACAAGAGCCUCACCUCCCUCCGUGCUCAAGCUCGACAUUACAGAUCAAGAUGAGAUCGAGACUGUUUUGAAAGAAACCAGACCUGAAGUUAUCGUGCACUGCGCUGCCAACAGAUACCCCGAUAAAUGCGCUGCCGAUCCCACUGCUGCUCGAGCAUUGAACGUUACUGCCACCGCAAACCUGGCGAACUCUGCCCGACAUUGCGGAGCCUUCUUCCUCUACAUAUCCACCGACUACGUCUUUUCUGGCCGCCCAGGUGAAGCUCCAUACCAAGUAGACGCUGUCACCGGCCCUACCAACGAAUACGGUAAAACAAAGCUUGAAGGAGAAAGGGCAGUUAAAGAGGCAGUAUCACACGGUGCGAAUGCCGCAAUUUUGCGAGUCCCUGUUCUCUAUGGUACGAGCCCAGAAGACGACGCUUCACAGAGCGCUGUCAACUCCUUGAUUCCAUUAGUGUACAAGGCAGGCAGCAUGACCCAAGAGCCAGCCAGCAUUAAAGUGGAUGAUUACGCGCAGCGGUUUCCCACGAAUACUGCAGAUGUAGCCCGCAUUUGUGUCGAUAUCGCUGAGUUAUACACAACGACGGAAAAGACAGAGAAGGAAUUACCGCACCUCCUACAUUUCUCAGGCGAGGAACAGUUCACAAAGUGGCAGAUGUGCCAGAAGUUUGCCGAAAUACUAGGCCUCCCACUUGACGGUAUGGUGCCUGAUAGACCAGAAGAGGGCGUUGGUGUGCAGCGGCCAUACGACUGUCACCUCGAUACUAGCUCGUUGAAAGACCUUGGUAUUGACGUGAGCUGUGUCACAUUCGAGACAUGGUGGCGACGUGAACUUCGUGCCUUCCGUCACUAGUGACGAUGCGAUAUUGCUUACACUGAGUGAUCGUCGCACACUGUGAACGCGUGCAAAAGACAAUCCGACAACGAUUGAUGGCUCAAAAGGCCCGGUAUAUCGCUUCGGAAGGAUGUCUGAAUGGAGAGCCCCGGUAGUGUAUUCGUUCCAUAUAAACAUUCCAUUUCCUAGAUCGACCAUCGUCGUCUCGUAUAGCAGUACUCUGCAAGGAGCGACAAGGGCGAUCGCUCUGGAGCGUCACUACUUUGACUCCAAACCGCCCAAUACUAUCGUAUAGCAUGCUUCUGCUGUGCUUGAGACUCUUUGCAAUCAAUCUCGCACGAACUUCUCAAUCCACUCUCGUAUAUCAGCCAAGCCCUUCGAACUGACAAUACCUAUCUGCUCUCCUCUGCUCCAAGGUUCAACGUCUCCACCGC